AAAACAGCGUUCAAGCUUUUUCUCCUUUCAUCUUCAUCUUCAGUUUUUACCCUCUGCUACACUCACAUCUUCAUUUACUUCGACUGCAACAAUGGCCAAGGGCUAUGAUCCAAUGGAGAAAUGUCUCCUCCGCAGCGUCUUGAAAGCCAGGCAAUUCUUGAACGACUUCAUGCCUUCUGGACGGGGAAUAGAAGCACCCAGAGUCAGAUUCUCUGCAGUCCUGCGCGACGCAACCGAUGCUAGUGAUAUAUCUGCCACAUUGAUUCAGUGCAUCAGGGAGUCACGCAUAUGUCCUGGAUACCAGCUUGUCGACGCUUCAAAGACGUCCCCAAUGGGGAAUGCCCGCGAUGGAAACCACCCUCAAUUGUUACUCUAUCCCAUAGGCUCUGACUUCUGGCAGAGUCCCUCUGACGCCUGGCGAUCCCUGGAGAUGCACGUCAACGUCUGGAAUUCCUCCGCCGACGAUCCUUUCCACGAUGGAGACAAAUCCUCCGAGGCUUGCGACAAUUUGAUCCCGCAAAUUGCUGAGCAAUUCAGUUUUCAACAUCGCACCCAUGUCUUCUCCUUAAACAUCACCGGCCGAUUCGCUCGAUUUCUGCGCUGGGACCAUGCUGGUUGCGUGGUAUCCGACAGCUUCGACUUCCAUAAGAAUCCUAGGCUGUUGGCUGACUUCUUAUGGAGAUUCACCUUUCUCAGUCGCGCCGGACGAGGAUUCGAUCCGACAACCACUGACGCCACUCCCUCGGAAAUUCGGGCUUUCAAGACUACCGCACGCAACUUUAUCAAGAAUACACCGAGGAACGUUGAAUUCCUCCGACCUACACUCGAUGACGACUACCCCGUCUAUAAGGUGCAAGUGGACAGCCUGAACGGCAAGAAGAUGCACCUGAUCAUUGCGAAACCGUUCCACGGCUACAAGCGUCCUACAUGUGGCGGUCGGUCAACGCGAGUGUACGCUGCAUACUUGACAUCUGAGAAACGUCUUGUGUGCUUGAAAGACUUCUGGCGUACUCACCAGCUCCUUUCGGAGGCUGAAAUGUAUCAACACCUGGCGAACCACGAUGUCCCCCACCUUCCAACGAAUCUAGCAGCCGGGGAUGUUUUCGAGGACAAUGAACCUCAAACCACUUUGAACCACGAAUAUGGGAGGCUAUGGGCAUUCACUCAUCAACGGAUUGUACAAGAGAUUGCGUUUCCACUGGAGACUGCCCAAUCGUCUCGGGAGCUGACACAGGCGGUGAGGGAUGCCAUUGCAUGUAUGAGCAAGGCGUGGAAGUCGGCACAAGUAUUGCACCAGGACCUCAGCGAUGGGAACAUAAUGAUAACACCAGAAGGGCGUGGGAUUCUGAAUGACUGGGACUGCAGCUGGAUGAAAACACCUGAGAAUCCAAAGAACGAGAAUCGUGCGGGCACGUGGUGGUUUAUGUCGAUCUUUCUCUGCAUGAACCCGUUCAAGGAGCAUGAGAUCCACGAUGACCUCGAGUCGUGUCUCUGGACCUUAAUCUGGAUAGCAGCUCGAUACAUCAAGUCCAUCAAUCUAUGGUACGAGGAUGGCUGGCGGGUCUUCAGUCAGUACACAAUGAAGUAUUUUGAUAGGGAUGGAGACGAUAAUGAGCACCAGUACGAAGCCGGUGGAAUCUACAAGCAAGAGUUCAUCACUUAUGAAAACAUGGGCGGUUUGGACUGGCGAUGCGAACCGUUCAGCACCCUUAUGGACGAUCUCAGACAGAUAUUCGCCGACUUCCAUAACGGGUGGGAAGAUUUCCCUCAAAUGUGGCAAAAAUCCAAAGAGCGCUACGCGUUGCUCUCAGAUCCCGAAAACAUCGUUAAACUCUUUGACGAUGCCCUGGCCAAAAAUGGAUGGAUCGAGAAUGACGCAGUCCCAAACAUGUUCCCCUACAAGACAGAAGACGAAUGGCGUACAUACAGGAUGAAACACGAGCACCGAUUAUAUCGGCUGCAAUGUGACAAAGUACGCAAAGAGUUGGAAGUAAAGGCCGCAAGGGAGAAGGCGGAUAGGGAAGGAAUCCCGUAUAUCGAACCCGCCGUCGAAGAAAACCCUGAAGCGCCGAUUGUCACGAAAUACCCUUUGGUUAUGGUGUAUCCUUCUGAUGACAAAGAACCUAUGAUACCGAGAAGAUCUGCGCGAGUGAGGAAAGUCGCUCGUACUGUCGCUGAAGAUCAAACACGUGCAAAACGAAAGAGAAUGGACGAGGACCAGGAGGCUUCGGAAGGCGAACUUGGAUCACCGACGAUGGUUAAAAGACGAAAGCCGAUGGAAGAGAAGACAAAGGACAAUGCUGUACCUCGUCGUAAGCCUCGGGGACGAUAAACCUAUUCUAGGACCCGACUUGUGGAAGAUUCAAACGACAUCGUCAGAUGACUUCAGAGGCCUGCGUCAUCACUUCUCUAAUGUCCAAACAUCUUGCCAAUGGUACAGGUCUUCUUCCCUCCCCUCAAUAGACCUCCACCAAAGUCUGCCUGCGGGAGAUUAGCUAUUUUCCAUCUUCCGGGGUUGGACCCUCUAUGAUAGAAAUAGCCUUUUCUGAUCCAGGUUUCAGGCUACUGCAGUAGAACGAGAAUAUUAUUAUGUAGUUCCUAUCUACAAACAUUUCGAACCACGGGUAGAAGCGAAUUAUAAAAAGCUUGUUAUCAACCACAUACUAGACGCAUCUUGUGAAUAGCCACAUUCCAGAAGAAUUAUCAGACCACACAGUCGGCU